CCCUGCGAGGCGACUUUCCUAGGUUUUGUUGAAUCCUACCUACCAGGUACCCUAUUCCUAUUAGGUACCUUAAAUAGUCCUGUGGUCGCCCUCUGUUGAGAAACAAUCCCCCGAGUUUUUGGCUUAAGAGAUACUACUACACACAACUCUCACCGUGACACCCGUGACUAAGUAGAGCCUUGUCAAGGUAUCUUGAUCUUGAGCUUCAUCAUAUAUACAGGUUCGCGCUUUGUCAAGAUGGGGUUCAAGGAGUUUCUCAAGCGUCGCUCUCUUCGGGCUAGAGAUGACAAGCGCACCAAAGCGGCCGAACUGACUCUACGAGAGUCGCUCUACCCGAUCUGUCUUGUCACGGUUCUAUUUUUCCUCUGGGGAUUCAGCUAUGGCUUGCUCGAUACGCUCAACAAACACUUCCAAAACACACUUGGUAUUACCAAGUCGCGUUCGUCUGGUCUACAGGCCGCAUAUUUUGGCGCUUAUCCCCUCGCGUCCCUCGGCCAUGCCAACUGGAUCCUGCGCCACUAUGGUUAUCGGGCUACAUUUAUCUGGGGUCUUUGUCUAUACGGUAUCGGCGCGUUAAUCGCCUUUCCAUGUAUCCAGGCUAAAUCCUUCGCUGGGUUUUGCAUGGCUAUAUUCGUUAUCGGCAAUGGUCUCGGUUCUCUAGAGACCGCUGCGAACCCGUAUAUCACCGUUUGCGGUCCCCCUCGAUACGCAGAGAUGCGCAUCAACAUAUCCCAAGCCUUCAACGCUAUCGGUACCGUGGUAGCUCCCGUAUUGGGCUCGUACGUCUUCUUCACGUUUGACGACGUAACGGCUCUGCGAAACGUGCAAUGGGUAUACAUUGCCAUUGCUAUCUUCGUAUUCGUGCUCGCCUUCGCCUUUUUUCUCUCCGAUAUCCCCGAGAUUACCGACGCCGAUAUGGCAUUCCAAGCCACCGAGACGCACGCCAAUGCUGACGACAAGCCAUUUUGGAAGCAGUAUCGCCUCUUCCACGCCGCCUUUGCUCAAUUCUGCUACACUGGUGCCCAAAUAGCCCUCGCUAGUUACUUCAUCAACUACGUACGCGAUACCCAACCCCAUGCCGACGAUGCUACUGCUUCCCGCUUUCUUGCUGGUGCUCAGGGCGGUUUCGCUGUCGGCCGCUUCUUCGGCGCGUUCUUGAUGCGAUUUAUCCGUCCGCGCUGGGUAUUCCUGGCAUUCCUGACUUUGUGUAUCGUGUUCACCGCGCCCUCUAUCACGCAAGGCGGCUGGACAGGUAUGUCGAUGCUAUACGUGACGUUUUUCUUCGAAUCCAUCUGUUUCCCAACAAUCAUCGCAUUGGGCAUGCGCGGACUAGGCCGUCACACGAAGCGCGGCUCUGGUUGGAUUGUUGCGGGAGUUAUGGGCGGUGCGGCCGUGCCCCCGUUGACAGGUGUUGCGGCCGACGCGCACCAGACUGCGUUCGCCAUGGUCGUCCCCUUGUGCUUCUUCGUCGCAGCCUUAUCCUAUGCUCUCGCCGUCAACUUUGUCCCCGCGUAUAGAGACCCCGCGGAUGCGUUUUCGACGACCGAGGUUGGGCUCACGCGCCAGCACGGCGCUGACGAGGAGAGCGGCAACGAGGCUGGUGUGAUCGGCGACGAGAAGAUUGCCCACACCGAGAUUGAGUCAUAGAUACCCCUUAUACUCUCUAUUUAGAGUAUUUGAAGACUAGCUGUUACAGUGUGCCAGGGAGGCAAUAAUGAAUCCCAUGACAGGGGAAGAAGGUAUCAUGAAGCAAGCCUGUGUUGAAUUCCAGUUCGUGGCUUUAAGGAAUUAUACAGCUACCGGGCGUGGCACAAACUAGCUCUUCAAUAUAAAUAGCUCUUGCAACAUGCGUGUUAGUGUUUGCGAAUCUGGAUUUGCGUCUAUGUGAUAAACAUUAAAACUUGCUCGCCUGAGACGAGCCUAGUUCCUGAGAGAAUGUCCCAUAUGCAUACGCCAUGCUAAUUCCCA